UCACACAUCUUCUACCUUUUCCACUGUGAAUAUUGCACCGGAACUUUAAGCAUGUUUAAAAAAAUGUAAAAAUGUGAAAUUAAAAUUUAAAAGCAUCAAGAGAUACUGUGUGCUGCAAUUUCCUUAUUAUCAUAACGUGACUGAAGAAGUCCUUGCAAGCACCAGUGCAACAUACAGGUGUGCGGUACUCCAAAACUCAUCAUUGUUAGUAAUACUGUGAGUUACUGGCACCCUACUUGAACAUGACAAAUGUGUUUUCCUAUGAUACCAGCACCGCUGACAGCAUUGUCUCUGGAGUGAACCUUUCCAGCGACUUUCUCCACAUACCCAGUCAUGAACUGAAGAUACGAGAUUAUGAAAGAGACCGAAAACGCCUGAUAGGCUGGGAACUCCAUUGCAGCACCCUUGCCGAAUAUUACCGUACCAACCGGAUACCAAGAGGUCUACGCUCAAGAUUGAGACCUACAUUAUUCUCCGACAACACAGAAUUUUCAACACGUUUUGAAAACAUUUUAAAUAAAUGUUCCUUUGAUAUAAUUCUACUCACGAUAGAACAAUUACAAAAGUCAAUAGAAGAUUUAUCUAAAAAGAUCGAGAUCACGGAGACAACUCUAAUCACGACAGCACCAGAAGAAGAAUGGAAAAAAGCCAAAGACAAGAUCGAGAAACAACUGAGUGAAUACAAAAAACAUACAGAACUGAACAAGCGACAGAAAUUCGUGCGCGACGCGGAGGAUUAUCGCCUCGAUAACGUAUAUCGGUGGAAAAAGAGUCCCCAGUACAACCCGUGGAAUAACAGAUAUCAACAGUACUCCGGCUCAUCAUCCGACAGUGACCGAUCAGGAAACUACAAACACCCAGCUCGUUUUUUAGGCAACCGACGGAGAGGACGGGGACCAGGACCAGGCGCACCAGGAGAGGUGGCAGGAGACAGUCAAGGAAGUCAAGUACAGACCAGAUCGCAGACCCGCUGAUAUCACGACCUGCGAGGAUUUAGACCACUGAAGAAGGCCGUGACAGGCCGAAACGUUUGGUCACACAUCUUCUACCUUUUCCACUGUGAAUAUUGCACCGGAACUUUAAGCAUGUUUAAAAAAAUGUAAAAAUGU